CGGUGAAGUGUCAAAAGAAGCGUAUAACGUUGAGAACUUAGAACACUACCUUAGUACACCACGAUGGGCGAACCAGGCCAUGGUUCAAGCGGCACACUGUAUAACACAGCCCCUCUCAAGCGCUUCAACGUAGUCAAAUCAUGUACAAUGGCUAUAUUCAAAGACCUCGAGGCAGUGGUACAAUCGUCCGAAGAUUUAUUGGAGAAGCUGUUGCAAGGCAAUCUCGAGCUCAAUACACCUGUAUCACCGCGAGUAUCCAGAGGUAAAAAUGCCAGAAGCCAUACAAGGACUGACAAGACAGCCUCUCUCGGUACAACAUCGAAUAAGGGGUCAUCGUGGAAGUAUGGUAGCAUCACAUCGACCAAAAGCAGCAAAGUUGAGCGAGCACAGGCUCAAGACGAAAGUAAGGACGGUGUUAGGGAUGAGUGGGUAACCAAAGAUAAGUUGGCAACGAUGUCAGAAAUGCACCGCACUGUCACAGAAACACUACCCAUUAUAGAAAGAGAUACGAUGAAAGUCGUCUUUGUCGGCCAUACUUCCAAUGGCAAAUCGUCCACUAUCAACGCCAUGUUAUACAGCAAAGUAAUGCCUACGAGUUUUGGUCACACUACGAACGCCUUCAUAUCAGUCAGAGGUACCAGUGAGAAACCUUAUAUAAUGGUUAAUGAUGGGCACGAGCGUAGAGACUUGGCAUCCUCGGAAACACUGGGUCAAGUAUUAUCAGAUCUUACCAGAGCAGGGGUGGAUGACAAUGGACUCCUCUGCAGUGAGGUUGCCGUGUAUUGGGAUAAAGUCAAAUGCCGACUUCUGGAGCACGAUAUAACAAUCAUCGACACACCGGGUAAGCAUAU